UAACUUCAUUUAGAAAUUCACUUGUCUGUUCAUCUGUGGGCCUCAUACAUGCUAAGAAAGUACCCUAACACUGAGCUAAUCUCCAACCCUCCAUCUGUGUCUUUUCAAGAGGUGAAUUUAAAUCCAUUAAGAAGAUAUGAAAGGAAUGGAGACUGGAAAGGUGUUCAUUAACGAGCAUAGAUAGUAAAGCAGCAACAACUUCCUGAUUGGUUUUUUUGUAGUUUUGUUUUUUCUGCCUUGGGAUUUCACCUCUGAGUAAGGACUGGGCUUUUUGUAUCUGGUCGCAUUGUUUAAUUGACAGUGCAUGCAUCACGUUAUCUCUUAACUUUGAAGGAUAUCCCAUGUUGAAGGAAUUCUUUUAUGAUACAUAGAGAAUUCAACUGGAAUACCCAGAGGAUGCUGGCUCAGGGUGGUGAAAUGCCUGUGGAGACAUGAAGACUCCGGCCACUGGUUUUAUCCUCACAAGUCUGGCGUUGACUGUCUACCUGCCAUUGUUGGUGACUUCACCUAAAACACUGGCCAUCCCUAAGAAGCUUCAGAAAGCUGUGGGGAGGGUUAUUGUCAACACCACAACCUGUACUGUCACUUGCGGCCUUGGCUACAAAGAGGAGACCGUCUGUGAGGUAGGCCCUGAUGGAGUGAGAAGGAAGUGUAAAUCUCAGCGCUUGGAAUGUCUGACCAACUGGAUCUGUGGGAUGCUGCAUUUCACCGUUCUUGAUGGGCAGGUGUUUGAGCUUAACUGUCUGAGUUCAGACAUCCUGGAGAUUGGAAAGGAAGCAUUCCGCUUCACCUGGAGAAUUGCACGGGGUAUCAUUUCCACUAAUGACGUGGUCUUCAAACCCUUCCGAGUCAAAUCCUAUUUCGUGAGGUUUAAACCUGCCAUGGAGUCUGAUUCUGGGACAUACCGCUGUGAUGUGCAGCUGCUAAAAAACUUGAGAUUUGUGAAGAGGCUCUAUUUUGGACUGAGGGUCCUUCCUCCGAAGUUGGUGAACCUAAAUUUCUAUGAGUCCCUUACUGAGGACCAGAAGUUAGUAGAUGAGGGCUUGGAGGUUAAUCUGGACAACCAUUCCAAGCCUUUCCAGCCAAAGUGGCAAAAGAAGGUGGCAUUGGCCUUGGGACUAGGAAUUGCUGGAGGAGUGGUUGGUGGUGUAUUGGUGAGCAUUGUGCUCUGUGGUAUGCAGAGAGGCACCUACAGCACUGAGAGUCACAUGAACUUACAAGCCUUGCUCCCGAGGGACUGGCCACCCAGAAAGCCAGGCUAGCUUUUCAGGGAAUGUUCUGGGUGUCAGGUAGUGAAUUGGCUAGGAGGGAGGCUCCCACUGCCAAAAGACUGGGUGAGGGGCAUGGAAGGAGCAGCCUUAUGAUAGUUGUGAGCGACCAUCACCAGCUUGUUUGUGUCCUGCAGGGGUCUCUGUCCCACAUCUCCCUGGCUGCAAGUACAUCUCACUGUCUGCAGGCAUCCACUGUUCCUGGGAAGAGUUCUGUCUUCCAGACUUGCAUUCUGUGUAACCCCUGCUUCCCCACCUCCAUCUCCUCUCUUCUAGCAGCUUAGUCAGAAGGAUAUAGUCAAUAGCUUUCCUAGUGAAAACAUUGUUUUCCUCUUCAAUAAAAAUAAUUUACAAUAGCUAUAUGGAGACCUAGCCUUUUUCUUUCUUGCAUGUUUAAAUGGUCCCAUAGUCAGCCUGGCUUUAAUUUCCUUUGAAUUUCUUAGACAUCGGACAAAUUGCUUUCUAGAGGGCCCAUGUCCAUAGGUAGCAGAGGUUGUUAGUAAUGACACCUGACUCAGGUAUGUUAGUAGUCACUAAAUAUUAAUAAAUUACCUGCCCUCCCUGUCCUCCCCAGGUGAACCGAAUGUGUUCAAUGUUAAAUUGAAUUUCCUUGUAAAACACGGAUCCUUCACCUGAUCGUUGAGACAGUUCUGUGGCUUGCUCCCUGCUCCUUUAUGCUUUCCUUGCUCAGUGCCCUGAAGUUUGUGCUCUUGGAAAGGUAAAGUGAAUGGGUUUUUGAUAUCAGCCAAAGCUCCCAAGGGAGGACUCACACCUUCGUUCUUCUGUAGGAGAUCCAGCCUUAAGACUCUUGGGGGCCAUUGAGCCUGUCUGAGAUAAUUGGCUUAUGGAACUGUCAGGGAAAAGGUUCUUGACCAUCCAGCUGAGCUAAUUCUAGUGAGUUAUAGCAUUUCUUCCCCUCUCCGUACUCCAGCUACACCAGUAGGGAACCAAAGGCCGGUGGUUCUUUCCCCCGAGCCAUGUGUCAGUCACCUGGAUGACUUUUUGGAAAAUAAAGAUUCCUGAACCCCAACCCUGGAUAUUCACUUUAAAUUAUAGUCAGAGGGUCCUUAUUAUUUCCUUUACUUUUAAAACUUUCAAACCCAGAGAAAAGUUGGAAGAAAUGUUCAUGGUCACCCAUAAACCAUUUGUCUAGGUUCAUCAGUUGACAGCUUUUUGUCACAGCUGCCUAAAUUAUAGAUUUUAUGAACCACUUGAAAGCUAGUCACAGACAUUGUGACCCUUUAUUCGAAAGUAAAUCAGGUAUGCAUUUCCUUAUAAGGACAUUCUCCUGUAUAAAUACAAUACCUGUAUCACACCUAAGAAAAUGAACAAUUCCCUGUCUUACAUAUAACUUAUGUUCAAGUUGCCCCAAUUUUCAAAAUCUUAGAGCUUUUUGAUGUAAUUUUUGAUCUAGGAUAAAAUAAA